AUGGGCAGUUCUCUCAACAAGAACAGUCCCCAAAAACUUGCCUCCAGGAAGAAGAAGCCCAGAGUUCAACAGGUAUCAAGCCCCCAGGUAGGCAGAGGAGACAACCUAAGUACCUGGAAGACUACCACCUGGAUGCCGGAUGGGAUCCAUGAGGGAACGACGGAUAUGUUCCUCUUCAAGAAACAAUGUCGAUUCCCAGCAUGCACAAUAAAAGCCCAGAAGCUAGGCAUUUCUGAGUGGCAUUGGAGAUCGGUGAUUCCUGUUUGCAUCAAAGAAGCCGAGAGUGUAUAUGAUAUAACAGACUGGCUGGGUCUGCACAGUCACAGUCAAAUGAGCAGUGCUGAACAUGUUCCUGAUCAAAUAAAACAGACUAUUACUAGCAUGAUGAAGCCUCUUGAAUCCUUGUACUUUGAAAAAAAAACAUCAUCAUGGAACUACAAGACAGAUUUUACCGAUGUAUUAUCCAUAGACCAACAAACAAUUACACAAGGCUUUAUCUCGGAUAUGUCCAACUCCCGGGGCAGAUCAAUGAUACAUGGUCUCCUUGCACAACUAUUCAGCUCAGACACCUCAGUCAAAGCGGUGAAUAUUGGUGGUACCGCAACUGUCAACGAGCCAUCAGUUAGGGAAUUAGCCUUUGAAGUUACAUUUGAGGACAGUGAUUCCGACUCGUCACCAAUGCAAUCUCCUGCCAAGCAAAGUGAAUCUGCGGCGACAAGACAUUCACCUCGCAAUUAUAAAGCUCCUUUAAAGGACAUUGAUUGUAUUACUAAUCAAGUCUUCAAGUUCGUACCAGACAUAGUUCUUGAAAGCACAUCCAGAGAACACUUGCUUAUUGAAAUAAAAAAAGGGAGGUUGUUAUAUCCGCAAUCGAUAUCUCAAUUGAGAUAUAUGCUAAUGCCAGCAGCAAUCAAGCAAGGCUCAGCUGUGGGUGUCUUGAUAUGCACGAAUCAGGCACUUCUAGAGAGAUGCAUCGUAGCUGAAGACAAAGUGAGGUUUGAGAGAAAAUACUUCGAGUUGAGGGAACAUUCUCUUGUGGCGGACAUGGAAAUGCUCUUUUCAAGUAUCUACAACGAAGUCUUGACAACGGUGUAAAA